UAGCUCAAGGCUUCAGCAGCUGCUGAACUGCAUGUUCCCAUUGGCUCCUGAAUGGAUGCUCUCUCUGUUACAAUGUCAGCUAUUUGCUUUUCCCUGGUAAAAUUUUCCAGGUGUAGCAGUGUUCAGCCAAGCCAUCCUUAUCCCUGCAUCUGCCGAGGGGGAAGUGCGGGCUGCCUGCUGGGAGUAGUGUGAGCAGAGAACAUUUUAUCUGCAGAAGAUCAUUGCAGGUAAAACACUAUGGAUUUCCCACGAGAUUCAUUUGGUAGGGGAGUGUGCAACGGAUUUCCUUAUGUUCAAAAGAAAAUUUCUAUUGUGUCAGAAUGUCACGGACAGCAGAUUUUAAGUAUUCUACAGAACUUCAGAGACCAGAAGGCAUUCUUUGAUUUUAAUAUAAUAGUGAAGGACCAGCUUAUGCCUUGCCAUCGGUGUGUGCUGGCAGCGAGCAGCGACUUCUUCAGAGCUAUGUUUGAAGUAAAUAUGAAAGAACGAGAUGGAGGCAGUGUGACAAUCAGCAACCUAUCAUCAAAUGCGGUGGCUGCUUUUCUCGAUUAUGCCUACACAGGCAAAGCAGAGAUCACAGAUGAGAACGUGGAUAUGCUCUUCCAGAUGUCAUCCUUUCUUCAGGUGCCACUACUUUCCAAAGCAUGCAGUGAUUUUCUAAUAAAGAUCAUUGAUACAAAUAACUGUUUGCAACUGUUGUCGAUAUCAGAGAGCUAUGGGUCAACACGGCUUUUCGAUCAUGCCUUAGAGUUUUCUCUGCAGCAUUUUUCCUUGUUGACACAGUCAACAGAUUUUUUGGAACUGAAUAUUGGGGUUCUUGAAAAAUGUCUUGAAGAUGACUUGCUGAAUGUCCCGGAAGAGGAAUCCGCAUUGGUUGCUGUUAUUGCCUGGACCAAACACAGUUUGGAUAAAAGGGAAAGAUUUUUUCCCCGACUGUUAAGAACAAUAAGGUUGCAUCAGUUGUCCCAGUCUACACUUCAAAAUGUUCUAAUCUCAGAGGACCAGCUAUUAAAAAGCACAGAUUGCUUAUCAACUAUUAACUCUGCCAUAAAACGAGUUGAAGCUGCUGGGGGAUUAUUUCCGGAUGCCCGUCUUUCCACAACUGAGAAGUAUAUUUUUGUGCACAAAACUGCGGAAGAUGGGGGGACACAAUGCACUUUUUGCUACAACUUAAAAACGGAUAAAUGGUUGGAGCUUCCACACAUACAACUUACUGAUCUACCAGGCUCCAGUCUAUCAAGUUAUGGAGAAAAAAUAUUUAUAACUGGGGGGUGUAAAGGGCAUUGUUGUAGAGGAGUAAGACUUCAUAUCGCUGAGCCAUAUCAUGAUGCUACUGACCAAACUUGGUGCUAUUGUCCAGCAAGCAAUAAUUCCUCUUUAGUCCCAGCCAUGAAGAAGCCGAGGACAAUGCAUACAUCUGUCAUGGCCCUCAACCAAUUAUUUGUGAUUGGCGGAAAGACUAAAGGAGCACAUUACAUUAAAAGCCUUUUAGAUGUUGAGUCCUAUAAUCCUCUUGCUAAAGAAUGGAAAUCGGUAAGCCCCUUGCCAAGAGGAAUAUACUACCCCGAAGCAAGUGCAUGCAAAAAUGUCAUCUACGUACUGGGUUCCGAAGUAGAAAUUACCGACGCUUUUAAUCCUUCUCUUGAUUGUUUCUUUAAGUAUAAUGCGGAGACAAAUCAAUGGUGUGAGCUUGUAGCAGAGUUUGGGCAGUUUUUUCAUGCAACAUUAAUCAAAGCCGUACCGGUGAAUAAUACAUUAUACAUCUGUGAUCUUUCAACAUACAAAGUAUACAGCUUUUGUCCAGAAACUUGUGUUUGGAAAGGAGAAGGAUCUUUUGAAUGUGCUGGAUUUAAUGCAGGGGCUGUUGGGAUUGAGGAUAAAAUUUAUAUAUUAGGAGGUGAUUAUGCCCCCGAUGAAAUCACAGACGAGGUGCAAGUCUACCAUAGCAACAGAUCUGAGUGGGAGGAAGUCUCUCCAAUGCCACGGGCUUUAACAGAAUUUUACUGUGAAGUCAUUCAGUUCAAUAAGUGUAGGGAUCCCUGGGGAACAAGCCAUUUGUAAACAUAUCUAUUAUGGAUGAAAAAAAGAAUAACUUAUAUGUCAGCGGCAGUUUUUGUAAAUGACACUAUAUACUGAAAAACAUUUUUUAGUUCUACUUGCACUAUACACAAACAUAAAUUUGUUAAUAUGCAUGUUAUUAGUCAAGAAUAAUUGCAUUCUAUUUGUUAGAUAGAAAACCCAGUAGAUAAUAUGUUCUAAGACACGCUAAAUUAUUGAGAAUAUUACACUGUACAAAUAUGUCUGUUACAUAUAUGUUGUGUGUUAAGAACUAGAAAUGUAAAAUGAGAGUGCAUUAAAGGAGAAGGAAAGUCAUUUAGGCAUUUUACUGACAUUAGUGCCACCUAGAACACUAUAUUUAUUCUGCAGAAAGCAUUACCAUACCUGAGUAUAGAGCCCUAGAGGCUUUCUCUAUUUGCUCAAGAUUGCAGCUGCCAUUUUAGUUUGGUCUUCAUAGCUUCCUGCUGCAGCUCUAGCCAUUAUAGCUCAGA